AUGCUAAAUCACAAAAUUUCGUCGAAUGGCCAGAAGAAGCUCGGUCUCCACCGUGUAGCGUCGGUCGACGAUCUGAGUGCUUUCCUCAAAUCGGCCAUGAUUCACGAUGCUGAGAAGACAUCCGUCAAGAAUUCGUCCGCCGGUGCCAAUCAGAAGGAUUCUUCCAAGAUGGUGCAGACUCACGAGAAGAUUGAAGACGACGAAGAACUCAUCCAGGAUGGAUUUGAGAUCAUUAACGAGAUCGACCCCAAUGAGCCGCCAAUGAAGAAGGUACCUCCUUAGUUUCUGUUACUGUAGCCUAAUCAAUUUCCUUUCAGUCGAAGAUCGAAGACGGUGAAGCUGACCAGGAAUCCACUUCAUCCUUCAUGGAACUCGAUGAGUCCUACGACUCGUUCGACAUGCACGUCACUCCGAACUCCGAAGAGAAGAAUAAGGUGAAUUAUUUCAUGCUCUAAGAUAGAACAUUCUUGAUUUUUUUAUAGGAAGGCCACUAA